AUGAAAUUGAGCAGAGAUCCAACAGAUAACAAGUUGAUUGAACAAGAACUAGAAAUAUCAAAACAAUAUGGAAAACUAAAAGGGGCCAGGGAUCAAUUCUUGAAACAAAAAGAAAAAAUACAGUGGAUACAAGAAGGUGAUCAAAAUACAAAGUUCUAUCACAACUACAUAAAGACAAGAAGGAACACCAACAUAAUUUUUGGAGGAAAGGAUAAGCAUGGUGAAAGGCAAGAAGGCAUGGAAGAAAUUAGCAAGGCUUUUUUGGAAUACUACAGUGAGCUGCUAGGACAGUCAAACAAGGGAAGAAAGCAUGUGUGCAGGGAGAUAAUUAUGAAAGGAUCACUGGUUAAUAAGGAACAACGAGAACAACUAGCAGCAAAGUUCACAGAGAAGGAGGUAAAGGAAGCUAUGUGGAGCAUUGAUGGGAACAAGUCGCCAGGACCAUAUGAAUAUGGGAGUCCAUUCUUCAAAGAUAAUUGGGAGAUUGUCGGUAAAGAUGUGGUGAAGGGAGUGAUGGAGUUCUUUAGGACUAAAAAGAUGCUUACUGGGAUGAAUGAUACAACAAUUACAUUGAUAGUCAUGCUAAAUCAGUGGGGGAUUACAGACCAAUAUCAUGUUGCAAUACUAUAUACAAGACAAUUUCAAAAAUGUUAUGUAACAGACUGA